CGCGCGUGGGCGGGACCCAGCUUGCUGCGCGCUGCGCUAACGGCACGGGCGGCUGAAGUGGCACUUUUCUCAGCACUGUCGCGCGGAGCCGUGCGCGUGUGAGUGUGUGUGUGUGUGUGUGUGUCUCUGUAGCAGCCCGGGGCUUCCGUGACGGCAGCGUGGCCUCCGCUUCGCGCGCCCUGACCAGGGGGGAGAUUCAGCAUCGUCCUGCGGAGUCCAUGCCAUUGCUGCCUUGAAAGCGUGCGCAGCCCCAGCUGGAUAAGCCGAGCGCUCCGGGAAGAAGGAGAGGAAGAAGAAAAAGAAGACGCGAGACGCGCGACACGGACGCCCAAGCGAGCUUCGGCUGAGCCAAGCGAGAAGAAUAUGAUGUUGAAGCAGCACUUGUUCUUCGUGCUCUACGGCAUCUGCGGGACUGUCAUUAAAGAGGCAGCAACGAAAAACAAAGCAAAAGGCAGCCAGGGGCAGUUCCCCGUCACCCAGAAUGUGACAGUAGUGGAGGGGAGCACAGCCAACAUGACCUGUCGUGUGGAUUACAAUGAUAACACCUCCCUCCAGUGGUCAAACCCUGCACAGCAGACACUCUUCUUCGGGGACAAGAAAGCACUGAGGGAUAACCGGAUUGAGCUGGUUCGAGCCUCAUGGAAGGAGCUGACCAUCAGCAUCAGUGAGGUGACUCUGUCAGAUGAGGGACAGUAUACAUGUUCUCUCUUCACCAUGCCCGUCAAGACCUCCAAGGCCUUUCUCACAGUACUGGGAGUACCAGAGAAACCAGAAAUUAUCGGCUUCUCAAGACCUGCUGUGGAGGGAGAGGACGUCACGCUCACAUGCAUAACCUCUGGGAGCAAACCAGCUGCUGACAUUCGAUGGUACAGAAACGACAAGGAGGUGCAAGGUGUGAAGGAGGUGAACGCCACAGGCCGGUCAUUCACAGUGAGGAGCACCGUACACCUCCGGGUGAACAGAAAUGACGACGGAGCAGCGUAUACCUGCAGCGUGGAGCACAUAACUUUGAACUCAACUCCUCACCAGGUCACAGAGGUGCUGGAGGUCCACUAUGCACCUCAAGUAGAGAUUGUGCACUCUUUAAUUGUGCCACAAGAAGGACAGUACUUCAAACUGGAGUGUGUAUCCAAAGGCAACCCAUUGCCUGAGCCAGUGUUAUGGACAAAAGAUGGCGGGGAACUUCCUGAUGUCGAACGAAUGAUCGUGGAAGGCAGAGAAUUAAUCAUCACAACCCUCAACAAAACAGAUAAUGGCACAUAUCGAUGCGAGGCCAGCAACCAUAUUGGGACCAACAGCGAUGAAUAUGUGCUGUUUGUAUACGCCAAAGACUUACCAGGUACAACAGAUCCCAAUGCGCUGACUCCGCACGGUCCUGAUCAUGCGCUGAUCGGCGGAGUUGUGGCCGUGGUGGUCUUCAUCACCCUGUGCUUCAUCAUCGUCCUCGGCCGCUAUUUGGCCAGACAUAAAGGGACAUACUUAACCAAUGAGGCCAAAGGAGCAGAGGACGCCCCUGAUGCAGACACUGCCAUCAUCAAUGCGGAGGGGAACCACGCACAUGCAGAGGAAAAGAAAGAGUACUUCAUUUAGCACCUCUGUUUCUUUUUUUCUGUUCACUACUGUCACGGCAACACUGCUAGCCAGCCAGCGAGGGUGCUAAGUCACUCAGUGCAAGCCCGGCGUGGCAAUUUCUUCGUGUCUCCCUCCACAAAACUCCUAAAGGAGCUCAUACAAGCCUCUAGAUCCUCAAAAUUUGACACCAGACAGUGUUGCCAUUUUAUAGCGCCAAUCAAAUCAACAGAAAAAAGGCAAAGAAAAGAUGUUGAGUUUGUAACUGUAACACCAGGUCCAUUUAGGCUCAAAACCGCAUAAGUCUCCCUCCACCCCCACUCCGCCCCCACCCUGCCCUGCCCCGCCAUCCCCUCCCUUAAAUGAGUUUGUUUGAGUUGCCAAGUGCCAAAAUAUACAGACACCUUCUGUGUUCGUUGUUGUGCUUAUUCAAUUUAAUUGUUUUCCCAGUGAAUACUGCUUUCUUUACCACCCUCACUGUGCCUGUUAUAUACCUUUUGCAGAUAUUACCAGGGAGCGGCAAGAAAUGUGGUUCAUCUCAAGUCGGAAAACCUUGGCUUUGCCAAUAAUUACGCUUUAAGGGAAGAAUAUGUGCGAUGCAUAAUGUGAAUAUUUAUUGUUUGUCUAUUUUUUUUAUUAUACAUUGUGAAAGUGGUUGUUCUCUGAAGUGUACUCCAUAACAAGAAUGUUGUAUAAAGGCAAAAGAAAGGACACUGAUAUUUAUGUAAUAUAUAGAUACCAAAAAAAAAAAGCAACAAAAAAAAAACCUGACACAUUAAAAAGGGAGAAAAUGAUCAUUGAAAGCACAAUUGACGAUUGUUCCUGACCUAAUGGAUCUAUCAUUCUGGUUAUUCUGUUCAUAUCUGUCUGUAUAUUCUUGCACUGUUUAUAUCUGGCCCUUACUUCUUAAUGUCUAAAGAUGUUUAAUACAUAUAAGCACAAAGUCAUUGUUAAAUGUCAUUGGCUUAGACAGUCUCAGGAUGAAAAAAAGAGCCUAAUUGUGUUUCAUUUUGGUUCAUUUAAUGACUGGAAGGUUUUUUUUCUGUCUGUACUGUUCAACAGUCAUUUGUUCAACAUGUGAACUGGAGAUGAAGACUGGAUCAUUUAAAAAUUGCAGUUUCAAUAUUUAUUUGACUGAUUACCCCUUGCUAAACCUGCUGUACAUUACUUUGCUAAAGUGAUUAUUGGUGGAAAAUAUUGUUAAAAUAUGGGAUUUCAUACAUCAACAUUUGUAUAUUAGUCAAUACAGGGCAGGCUUUCUAGACACAGAUGAGAUUAAAUUAUGCUGUCAAUUGGGAUUCUUCAUAGAAAACCUGUUUUACUCUUGGACUUCACUUAAUCUGUGCCCUGAAAAUCAGCUCAUAGCAAUUUAAAGUGUUCCAUACUUUUAUAAUCACAUUCACAUAAGUGACGAACAAGUUUUUUUGUUUGUUUUUAGCACAAAGCAUGUAUAUAAUGUGAAUAAUUCAGUAUUUAGUAAUUUGUUUAUUUAACUGAAUUUUAAAUCUUUAUUGUUCUGUUGCACACAUUUCAUGUUUGUAUGUCUACUUUAGCUUCUCAACACUGCUUACUACUUUUGGUAAAACUGAUGGAUAAAUACAAUGUAUUAUUAUUAUUAUUAUUAUUAUUAUUAUUAUUAGUGUGCUUUUAUAAGCUUGUGAGUAAGUAGGAUGAGUUUUUCAUGAGAAGGUCAGAACAAUCACCAUUAUUGCCUUUGUGUUUGCAACAAAACAUACAACACUGAAGCACUGCUGAGUCGGGCAGUUUUUAGACAUAUUUUAAAUGUUCCUACAUAAUUCCACUAUUUAUAACAUCAAAUAGAAUUUAGACAUUUUGUAAGAACCAUUAAUUUAAUUUGCUCUUUUUUUGGCUACAUGAGAAAAUGUGUGAGUUUUGCUUUUACAGUAUUAAAUAUCCAUUUUCCAAACUAUGCCUCUGUAAGAAAAAAAAAACAUCUCAGAGAGUAAAAUAUGCACAAACAUA